GUUUUGCUCAAGAACGUAAUAUUUUAAAAACAAAAUGGCUGAAGACAUGGCAGAAAAAGAAAAUCUAAAACAAAAUUUGUUGGCGACAUUAGCUGCAAGUUUAUCAUUUGAUCAAAAUGAGAGAGUGAAAGCCGAAGAUCAAAUCAAGAUAUUUGAAACAACGGAAGAAUAUGGGGUAAUUCUGACAGAAGUUACAAUCGAAUUAAAUUGUCAACAAGAAAUUAGACAGCUGGCUUCUGUUUUGUUAAAACAAUAUGUUGAUUCUCAUUGGUCAUCUUUAUCAGAAGAAAAAUUCAAACCACCCGAAGCAACAGAGCAGGUUAAAGCCUUUAUUCGAUGCAAUCUACCUAAUGGUUUAAAAGAUGAUAGUAGCAAAAUAAGAACAAGUGUGGCAUAUGCUAUAUCAAGAAUCGCAUCUUUCGAUUGGCCUGAUGCUUGGCCAGAAUUGUUUCCUUUGUUAAUGGAAGCACUUCAUAGUAUGAAUGCAAACAUUAUUCAUGGAGCUAUGAGAGUUUUUACAGAGUUAGCAGGAGAAGUAACAGACUUGCAAAUUCCACAUGUAGCACCUGUUAUAUUCCCAGAAAUGUUAAAGAUAUUUGCUAAUCCAGAGGUUUACGGAAUUAGAACAAGUGCCAGAGCAGCACACAUUUUCUCCAUAAUAGCAGGCCUAAUUGGCCUCAUGAAAAAGGUUUACAAGGGCAUCGAUAAACAGCACUUACAUCCCUACCUUCCUGACUUUCUUAAUACUUGCAGUCAACAACUCAGUACACCAGAUGGACCAACAUCAGAUUGUGGUUUUAAAAUGGAAAUACUAAAGGCCUUAGAGAUACUUGUCAAAGACUUCCCAAAAACACUUUUUAAUUACAUGCCAAAUAUUUUACCACCUGUGUGGUCCAUAUUUACUGACAGUGUAGAUAGAUACGUUAAAACAACUGUGAACUGUAUUGAUCCAUCAGAAGAUCUUGUAGAUGAAGAUGGUGAAAUACUGAGCUUCGAGAAUUUGGUCUUCAGUGUAUUUGAAUUUAUUUCUGCGUUAGUAGAGACUCCGAAAUUUAAAAAAACAGUAAAUGAGUAUUUGGAGCAGAUUUUGUUUUUUACAAUGGUUUACAUGCAGAUCACUGAUGAACAAAUUGAACUUUGGUCAAAUGAUCCCAACCAGUUUGUCGAAGAUGAAGAUGAAGAAACAUUAUCAUACUCUGUAAGGAUAUCAGCGCAAUAUUUAAUACUUACGUUGUGUGAAAAAUUUAAAAAUGCAGGGGAAAAGUUGUGUACAGCUGUUGCUCGUCUGAAACAAAAGGGUGAUGAACUACGCUCACAAGGAGAUGGUAACUGGUGGAAAUACCAUGAAGUCUGCUUGCUAUCACUGGGUUAUAUUCAAAACACAAUUAUAGAAAAGCUAGAAAAUGGUGAAUUAAAGGAUGAUUUCAAAAUUUUUUUAACUGAAUUUUUAAUUUCAUCCUGCUGUGGAGAAGCACCGCCAUUUCUUCUUGGACAGUCGUUUUGGACGAGUAGUAGAUUUGUAUCAAUCCUUUCUGAUGACAAAAUAUCAACGUUUUUACAUGCAACUGUGGCAGCCCUACAAGAAACACAAAAUACAGUUUUACGAGUAUUUGCUGUCAAGUCUUUAUUUUGUUUUUGUGAUUAUUUAAAAAACGCUGACAAAUCAAUUCUUCUGCAUCCACAUCUGGAAUCUAUUGGUGCUGGCUUGAUUUCCAUGGCUACUCAGUUUACAGAAAGUGUGUUGGCUAUUUCUUUACAAACGCUAAAUAUUGUGGUUAACGUAAAUGCUGAAUUUACUUCAAAAUUAGUAAAUGCUGGUAAUCUGGUACCUCUAGCAAACGCAUUAUUUUUAAAAUAUGGCACAGAUCAUCACUUAAAUCCGCUAAUUGAGGAUCUGAUUGGUGAAUUAGCUAAAACACCAAGCUGUUUCCAAAUUGUUUUAGAGAAAACUGUCCCAACUUUAUUAAGUAUUUUGGAGGCACCACCAGAUAAGAUUCCAACAAUUAUAGUUGCUCCGACAUUGGACAUCCUUACCGUGAUAAUUCGGAAUGGUCCGAAACCUUUGGGAGAGACCUUUGUGAAACGUUCGUUUCCGAUCGCAGUAAAAAAAGUCAUUGAUAGUGAUGAUGAAGCCGUUAUACAGAAUGGUGGAGAGUGUAUUAGAGCAUUUGUGUCCUGUGCGACAGAUCAUGUAUUUUCAUGGCAAGACGGGUCUGGUCAAAACGGGCUGUAUUACGUUGUGCAAGUCACAUGUAAACUGUUGGAUCCACGUUCUUCAGAAAGCACUGCAGCAUUUGUUGGGAAGCUUAUAAAUACCCUCGUUAUGAAGGCUGGUAGCAUAUUAGGUGAUAGCCUAGAAAUUAUUCUUCGAUCCGUACUCAGUAAACUACAACAAGCUAAGACUUUCACAAUUACACAGUCUCUGUUAAUGGUAUUCGUACAACUUAUACGUCAUCAAAUAAACGCAACGUUAGAAUUUCUAAGCACCGUUCCUGGCCCAACAGGGAAGUCGGCGUUGGAUUAUGUCUUGACUGAGUGGUGUUUAAAACAACCUUCAUUUUUUGGAAGUUAUGACACUAAAGUUAGCUGUGACGCUUUAUGUAAGCUUCUAUUGCACGCAAUUGCCACUGGUGAUGCAAGAUUUCAAGAAAUCGUCGUCCCAGAGGAGGAGAUGAAUUAUUCACAAGAAAUUAUGACUCGUUCCAAAACCAAGCAGGCACAAAAACAAGUGAACUAUAUUCCAGUUGGAAUUAAACUGUUUAAAUUGAUAAUAAAUGAGUUGAUCAAUCAAUUGGAAAAUGUCGACGAUAUCAAUGGCGAUGAAGAUGACGAUGAGGAUGAGGAUGAUUGGGAGGAUGAAGAUGAAGGAAUGGGCAAGGAUAUGUCUAUACAACAAACUAUCGAAGCCAUGUUUUCUCCAGCAGGUGACUUUGCAGGCCUACUAGAUGAAGAUGAAGAUGAAGAUGACGAUCCUGACACUGCAGACGAUCCUAUUAAUCAGACAGAUUUGAAAGUCUUCUUAAGUCAGUUUGUGCAAGAAUUUUCACAGCAACCUUACUUCAGUGGAUUCACAUCAUCGCUUAAUAAUAUGGAAAGAGAGUGCUUACAAAAAGUUCUGACGUCCUAGCAUAAAGAAGAAACACAUUAUCGCGACGUUCCAUAUCCAUUUUGUAUAAAUUAAAUUAUAGAAAUAUAUACAUGUUCCUCAAAA